CCACACCCACACGCGCGUGGCCUUCGCGAAGGUGUCGCUGCCAAGAAACGUGUCCUGCGCGCUACGCCGUCUGUUUCUAGGGCAACGCCGGCGUCUCUUAGCAACCGCGCGCGGCCUAGGUGGGUCCCCCCGGAACCCCCAGCCCUGCCAUGGCGACCGCGAGUCCUAGCGUCUUUCUACUCAUGGUCAACGGGCAGGUGGAGAGCGCCCAGUUUCCAGAGUAUGAUGACCUCUACUGCAAGUACUGCUUUGUGUACGGCCAGGACUGGGCCCCCACAGCGGGUCUGGAGGAGGGGAUCUCACAGAUCACGUCCAAGAGCCAAGAUGUGCGGCAAGCACUGGUGUGGAACUUCCCCAUUGAUGUCACCUUUAAAAGCACCAACCCCUACGGCUGGCCACAGAUCGUGCUCAGCGUGUAUGGACCAGAUGUGUUCGGGAACGAUGUGGUUCGAGGCUAUGGGGCCGUGCACGUGCCCUUCUCACCUGGCCGGCACAAAAGGACCAUCCCCAUGUUUGUCCCAGAAUCUACAUCUAAACUGCAGAAGUUUACAAGCUGGUUCAUGGGGCGGCGACCCGAGUACACAGACCCCAAGGUGGUGGCUCAGGGUGAAGGCCGGGAAGUGACCCGUGUCCGUUCUCAGGGCUUUGUCACCCUCCUCUUCAACGUGGUGACCAAGGACAUGAGGAAGCUGGGCUACGACACUGGGCCUUUGGACACACAGGGUGUGUCGCGGCCCAGCCCAGCCCAGGGCUUCCCCCAGUGAAGGCUCCACAGGCUGCAGAGUUUCUGAUAAUGAAGGGCUGCCUUCCCGGAGUCAGGCGGCUGGCCAUCAGCCUGAAGGGCAGCCUGGUGGUGGGAGCUGGGGGUACACAGAAUAGUUUUAUAUAAUAAAGUCUCAUUUUCAGAGAGCCUA